AAUACGAUUGAAUGAAUGGAUGCAGAGGAGAAGUAAGUCAGGGACUGAGCCCACUGUCAGAUUUCCCUGGGGCACGGUCUCAGCAAUCCAAUCUCCAUGUUUCUUCCUCCUCUUCCCCAGUCUGAGUUUUGUAGUAGAAGUGAUACUAAGGAAGGGGGAUGGGGCCCCGGAGUUAGCAUCCUUCUGUCGCCGUGUGCUCAUUGGCUGCUCCGGAAUGAAUCUGUUUGCUCUAACGUAGCCUGGCAGCAUGGGCUUUGAAAAACUGCUUCGGCACAGUGAAGGCUCCUGCUGCUGUCACCUCCUCUGCUCCUGUUGCUGCUCUUGCACGGAUCGACCUUCGGAAAGGCAGGUCUGGACACCGGUUCCUCUAGUCGGGGAGAGCUGGGGAGCGGGAGAGGGCAGGAAAGACUGAGAAGAGCCCCUUCCCCGCAGCCUCUCUGAAGACAGACCGGUCAGAAUUUCCAGCGGCUAAAGGAGGGACACCGUGGCUCCCAAUUGCGGGUAAGAAGUUUCAUCUCGACUUCCUCCGGUGCCGGCCCCCGCCGAAAUGAUGAGGAGAAAUACUUGAAGGAUGGUGUCGUGUGUUGGCGAUUUAGUCCUUUUUCACGGCAAUGGACCAGGGAUCUCCUAUGGGCUCUGAAAUCCAGCCUACACAUGCCUAUUUCCUGUGAUGGACAAACUUGAUGUUAAUGUGAGUUCCAGCGAGGGUUUCGACGUGGCGGAGAAGAUCGUGCUGCUCACGUUUAUCUCGGCCGUCAUACUGAUGGCCGUCCUGGGGAACCUGCUGGUGAUGGUGGCCGUGUGCAGGGACAGGCAGCUCAGGAAAAUCAAAACCAAUUAUUUCAUCGUGUCUCUGGCCUUCGCGGACUUGCUUGUUUCUCUGAUGGUUAUGCCCUUUGGUGCCAUUGAGUUGGUUCAAGACAACUGGAUAUACGGAGAGAUGUUUUGCCUGGUUCGCACCUCUCUAGACGUUCUGCUCACCACAGCGUCCAUUUUCCACCUGUGCUGUAUUUCACUCGACAGGUACUAUGCUAUCUGCUGCCAACCUCUGGUCUACAGGAACAAAAUGACUCCACUGCGCAUCGCCCUGAUGCUCGGAGGAUGCUGGGUAAUCCCCACCUUUAUAUCCUUUCUCCCAAUCAUGCAAGGCUGGAAUAGCAUUGGAAUAAUCGAUUUGAUAGAAAAGAGGAAGGUCAGUCAGGAAUCCAACUCCACGUACUGUAUUUUCAUGGUCAACAAGCCCUACGCCAUCACCUGCUCGGUGGUGGCCUUCUACAUCCCCUUCCUCCUGAUGGUGCUGGCUUACUACCGGAUCUACAUCACCGCCAAGGAACACGCCCACCAGAUCAGGAUCCUCCAGCGGGCAGGGGCCCCCUUGGACAGCAGGCCCCAGCACCCCGACCAGCACAGCACCCACCGCAUGAAGACCGAGACCAAAGCCGCCAAGACCUUGUGCAUCAUCAUGGGUUGCUUCUGCCUCUGCUGGGCCCCCUUCUUCAUCACCAACAUCGUGGACCCGUUCAUAAACUACACUGUCCCCGAGCAGCUGUGGACCGCUUUCCUCUGGCUGGGCUACAUCAAUUCGGGGUUGAACCCCUUCCUGUAUGCCUUCCUGAAUAAGUCUUUCAGACGUGCCUUCCUCAUCAUUUUGUGCUGUGGCGAUGAGCGAUACCGAAGGCCUUCCAUCCUGGGGCAGACCGUGCCCUGUUCGACCACCACCAUCAAUGGAUCCACGCAUGUGCUCAGAUAAGAGCCAACCUCGAGGACCAGACUGGCCCCACUGAGCUGGGAUUGAGCCAAGUCUGGCCACUGAUCUUGGAAGAAGAGCGAAUCGGAUCAGUGUUCCGGACAUCCGUAGUUCUGCGCCAAAGGGCCCUUGCUGCUCAACUAAGGAACUGCCCUCUCUAAGGAAGAAAGAAAUGCUGAGGGAGAAAAGCCUUUAUUUUUUCGUUUCGUUUUGGUUUUCACUUCAACUCUCAGUCUCACUGCCAGGAUUCGGAUCCCACCGGAGCAUCGGCUCUCUCUCGUGCAUGCAAACCGUCAGUUGCUUCUUUCUCCCCAUCCUCUGUUGCAUGGAGAAGAGGGGGCGUUAUGAAUCUGGGAAACGCGGGAUUCUGAUUUCCUUUCCGCCGGACUUCAUCGUCGUCAUCAUCAUCAUCAUCGUCAUCAUCAACGGUAUUUAUCGAGCGCUUACUAUGUGCAGA